AUGUCCGUUCAACCCCUCGUAGAGGAUAUGGAGGAAAUGUUUGGACGAGCAAAGGCGUACCUGAUGAACGCCAACAAGGACGGCGUCAGCGUCUACGACCAGCUCAUCCGGCUGAUGGAGCAGCUGCUGGACGACGACCCACAUGGCGUUGCUGGUGAUCCCUCGAGGUUUAACGACGUUUUUACACUUCUGCAGCAGCACAGCUUUGUGAACGGUCAAAGUACCCCUGCAUGCAACGAGCCGUGCCUGGUCCCACCGUCCGAGCUCUCACGUCUUGCAGACAAUGAACGCCUGUUUGAGCGUCGGCCCCCUGAAGCAGUGACAACGAUAGAGCAGCCCGAUCCCUAUACAACUGUAACGACAACGCGGAUAAAGCCUUACAGCGCUCCUCCAUAUGACUCCGUUGCUCAGCAGAACCUUUACUGGGCCUGGGCUGGAUAUGGUGUGACGGAGGAAGAAGCUUUUUUACUUGACCGAUCCAUCACGACGCUGGCAAUGAAAAAGAAACUGGGAGAAGUUCGCUUCUUUGGAAAGAUUUUUGGCACAAAAGGCGACUACUACGUGGUUUCCAGUCAGCGUUACCUCGAAGAGGGUGAAAAAGUUUACGAGGAGGUCAACACCAUGCCUCGUCCGGCGCGACGCAAGUUGGAAGUUCCUGUGCAGCCUGAACCUGGCUUUGUUGGGGUGAAUCGGCUCUCAUUUUGGGUAACUUCUCAUCCUGCGGCAGAAUGGAAAUUGCUUCCAGAUGUCACACCGCAGCAGAUUGUGGCAGGGAGGCGGAUUAAGCGAUUGUUUACGGGUGAUUUAAAUGCGGCUAUCAUCUCUAGCCCACCGUUCGAAUGGAAUGAGGCUAUUUACCUUCGUGUGCAGCUUAGCCGUAUUGCCAGUGGGACGUACAUCGCCCCAUUGGGGGCACUUGAGGAACCUGAGGAAGACGCUGAGGAGGAGGAGGACGACGACGAGGAUGAGGGGGCUAACGCGAGGAAGCUCAAGGAGGCGAAAUACCGCCCACUAACCCAAGUAGUAAAGGGAUUCGCUUCGGAGGAGGAUUUGGACGUUGCGCAGUGGGCAAAGCUGGAUCAGUGGGUUCACGCAGAAGGCUACAUCUACGCCAAUGGUAGGCAGACGAAGGUUCCAGAGAAGCUGGAGGAUGAGGAAGAAGAAGAAGAGGCUGAGGAGCUACAGCGGCAGCAACAACAGGAUGAGGAGGAUGAGGAGGAGCAGGAGGAUGAAGAGGAGGAGGAGAGGGAGAUAUUUACCCCCAUUAACUCCGACUUUCUGUAUGCAGUCAUCAACACCCCGGAGGCGCCGAAAGUGGACGAGGAGGAUGAGGAGGAGGAGGAAGAAGAAGCCACCGAGGCGGAAGAUGCCGCGGAGGCAGAUGAAGGCGACGACGACAUGCCUCCAAAGCCGGUCACGGAUGAAGCUAUACCCGAUGACGAUCCGACGAAGGUGAAGGUUGCCGCCUGGACGGUGCGGGUUGUGAACAACAACAGCAAGAAACACCGCGUGGUGUUGGUUCGUUCGUUGCGCUGGCCAGGCGCCGUCGCGUUCGUCGCGGAUGGCGGCAAAAGGUGGGGCUGCGUCUACUUUGGAAACGGACUCAAGAAGACUGACUUCAGUUUCACACCCACGCUCGCUCCACCGGUGCUCCCAGAGUGCGCUGACAUCACGGAGGCAAACGACCCCACACCGGCGACGGAGAAGUUAGUUCGCCGCGGCGAGGAGCCACCCGGGCCGGACUCUGAAGACGAGGUGGAGGAAGAGGAGGCGGAGGAGGACAUGUAG